AAGUGUGAUUCGGUCUCGAUCCGGACACCAAGUACGCAACGCAAGCGGGUUUUAGAUGAUGUGGGUCGGCUCGAUUCCAUUACGAACCCCGACAAACCCUAACCAACUCGAUUUCUCCUUCGAUUCCUCGUCCCUUCGCUGUUCUUCUUGAAAUUCUGCAACGUAAUAGAGCGAUCUCUCUCGCUCGAUGAAGUAGGAUCGGUGUUGUGUGUUCUCGGGUUCUUCAUUUCUCAAACAGCCUUUUAGUUCGAUGAUUGGGAACUCUAAUAGUCCACAAGUUUCCUUUUCUGAUAGAUUCACCAUUUUGAUUACUUAAAAGAGACCUCGAAGGAAUUAAGCAAAAUGGCAGCUAGUAGCAAAUUUGACUUGUCCUCCAGCUGUCCUGACGGGCCGACCUACCCUAAUGGCCAACGUGGGCCCUAUGCUACUGCUUCACUAGAAAGGUCAGCUAGCUUUCGUGAGGGCAUGGAGAGUCGUAUAUCUUCGGCUCCAAGUCUAUCAAGAUCUAGUUUGACUCAAGCUCAGGGAGAUUUUGUCAAUCUGGUUCACUCUCUUAUUUCAGACUUUAAACCAGUGUUUGCUGAUCAAAAGUUGCUCCGAUCGGGAGAAAUAAGGAGAGCAAUAAAUUCCGUCAUUGGAUCCUCCUCUGAAGAGUCAUCUGCAUCAAUUGGUGCUAGAUAUCCUCCUUCGACUGUGGAAGAGCUCAGACGUGCUAAGAGCUCUCUCGGUGGCAACUUGUCCAAGGCUAGGGAACGAGGAAGAUAUUUUGAUGAUGCUAUCCAGAAAAUUGAUAAACUUUACCCUCCUCCACGAAAGCGUUCUCGAGGUGAUACUUUAUCAAGUGAUCAGUCUAAUAUAUUGGUGUCUGGAGGAACUAUCCCCAAGUCUGGCCCUCAAAGUCAUCUAAAUGCAAAUGGUCUUGAGCUCGGGGUUUCAAAAGUAGAGGAGAGGACCAAGAAUGCCAUACAAAACAGAAAGUUUCGCUCUCCUAUAUUGGAAACACAGAUUGAUGGAAGGGAUGGCAGUGGCAUUAGACCGUCUGGGUCUGUUGAAAGGGAUAAAGAUGUUGCUGGAAUAAUAAAUGGUGGUCAAGUGAUGUCUGAAGAAAAAGCUCGAGGAGUAGUGAAGAGAAAACGCUCUGCUAUCAAAUCAGAUGCCUCCACAAGUGCUGAUUUAACUAGGUCAGCUGAAGCUGAUAGAGAAGUAAAACGAGGAAUGCAACAGAAGCUUGGAAGUGAUGCUCGGCCAAGGGUGGCUAGUGUGCAUGGUUUCAGGUCUGGACCAGUUCCAGCUGGAACUGCUGGUGCAAAAUCAGAGUUCUCUUCUCAACAAGAUGGUCCUGCUCCGCGUUCUUUACCUAGGAAUGACCAAGAUAGCGGCCCCCUCCCUAACAGUAGAAGAGACCGCCUUUCUGUCUUUGAUAAGCAGGGUGGCACUCCCAAAGCUGUUAACAAGUCGAACAGUCGUGAAGAUAGUUGCGCCGCUAGUCCUGCCUCAUCAACCAGGGUGAACCCUUCUGCUCGCGGGCCACGAUCAAAUUCAGCUUCCUUGUCCAAGGGAACCCUAAACAUCAAUCACUCUCAGGCAAAUUCCGAUGACGGCGAGCGCACUAACUGUAUAAACAAGCUUGUAUCCGUUGGUGGGGCCACCAAUCGCAAGCGCUUGACACGUGCACCCUCCCCAUCAUCCCCGGUAGGCCAGUGGGGUGAAAGGUCUCAAAAACGUACUGCAAGAAGAUCGAAUUUGAUUCCAAUUACUUCAAGCCAUGAUGAUACUCCAUUGUCCAAUUCAGUUGAGAAUGCCAAUAAUGUUUCUCGGACCAAGUCUGGAAAUUCAACUGGAUUAUCUGAAAGUGAGGAGUCUGGAGUUGCUGAGAAUAAAAUUUCUAAAGAUAAAGGUAAAAGAUGUGGCGAAAUUGAGGAGAACAACAGGCAGAAUGGACAGAAGAUGGCCACAGUGGUAUUGCCUUCCAGAAAGAACAAAACAGCUGCUGAUGACGAUAAUGGAGACGGUGCUAGGCGACAAGGAAGAAUUGCACGUGGUUUUGCAUCUAAGUGGUCUGAGGCACCUGCUUCAAUUGCUAAACUUGACAAUUCUGCCAUUACAAAGCAAAGAAGCGCAAGAACUGAAGAGAGAAAUGAAAGCAAGCCUGGGCGACCGCCAACAAAAAAGCUCUCUGAGCGCAAGAGUUAUAUGCGUCCAAGGCACUCUGUCAACACUAUUCCCUUAGAGCUUCCUGGGGACUCAGACGAUGAUAGUGAAGAACUUUUAGCUGCUGCAAAUUCUGUCUUCAGUCCAACCUUUGCUUCCUCUGGAGACUUUUGGCCUUAUGUAGAGCCAGUUUUCAGAUUUCUGUCUGAAGAAGACAUAGCUUUUCUGAAUCAACAGAUUCAUCUUAUUAACGAGUCGAGCUCAAGCAGGCAUGUUGCUGGAGAUGAUAGUCAGGACUUUAAGAGUAAUCUUGAAUAUGUUUCACAGCCAUCAACUCCAGCUGGGGGCAGUAGAGAUGACCAUGGUGCUCUUUCAAAUGGAACCAGCUUAAGUGUAUUUCAGACGGAUACGAGUAUUUCUCGGCAAAUAGAAGAUAUUGAACCAUUCAUGGAACAGUUAAUCCAAGGGGUCGGGGCUCAAAGAGGAGUUUCAAUUUGUCAAACACUUCUUUCAGCCAUUAUUGAAGAAGAUGAGGUUGAAAGUUUCAAUUAUGGUAACAGUAAAGGAGAAGAAUACAGUCAUGAUGCCUUUGAGGUUGAAGGGGAUGGAACAUCACAAUAUUCUUACAUGCAAUCCUUAAUAACCAUGCAAGCUGGUGAUAGAGGUCCUAAUGGUUUCAAAGGCGAUGCUGGUUGGAGAUAUCACGAUGAAUUAAUACGUGAAAAACCAGUGAGUAAUGGUGUCCUACCGGAGGUUGCGACCCAAUAUAGCCAGAUGUGCAUCGACGACAGAAUUCUCCUUGAGCUGAGUGAACUUGGACUUUACCCUGAACCUGUGCCUGAUCUAACGCAGAGUGGAGAUGAAGAUAUCAUUGAAGGUAUCAGCAAGCUAGAGGAGAUGCUCCACGAACAGGUUUCAAAGAAGAAGGAUCUGCUACUGAAGCUAGAAAAGGUGGUGACGGCGGCAAGAGAAACUCAACCAAGGGAACUUGUGCGUGUUGCUAUGGACAGACUUGUUGGUAGGGCUUAUGGAAAAUAUUUGCAGGAAUACUGUGGUCCUAAGAAUUCCAACAGAGUUGGCAAACAUGGCGCCCUUGCUUUUGUUAGACGAACAUUGGUUAGGUGUCGGAAGUUCGAGCAGACGGGAACAAGCUGUUUUGACGAGCCUCCUUUUAGGGAUAUGUUCAUCUCUGGACCAUCUUACGGCUCUAAUGCAAAAUGUAUAUAUACUUCCGCAGAUUUCAUUUGUGGCGUGAUGUCAAAACAAGACCAAGCGGCAAACACAUCCGAUAAGAACUCUGAUACUUCUCGAUCACUCAGCCAUCUCUCAGAGCAGUCCCUUGCUAGAGAAGACACAUGGUCGAAUAGAGUAAAAAAGAGGGAAAUGCUGCUUGAUGAUGUCGUCGGCAGUAUUGCUGGCACCUCCUCCCUGAGAGCCUCUUCAGGUCUUGGGACUUCUCUGAUCAGCGGUACAAAAGGAAAGAGGAGCGACAGAGAUCGGGAAGUGAAGGGGCAAAACAGAGAUUCUGUUAGAAAUGGCGUUCCUAAAAUUGGCCGCCCAUCAUUAUCCAAUUUGAAAGGCGAAAGAAAGAAUAAAACAAAGCCGAAACAGAGGACAACCCAGUUAUCUGCGGAGGCACCUGCGACAACAGCAAUGCCCUCAGGCCCUAAAUCACGUGAAACUGGUGGUGGGAGAAAUGAUAAGAAGGAUGAUUUGGCCCCUAAUGCAAGUUCCGGUGUGGUGCCGAAUGUGGCAAAUGAUGGUGAAGCAGUUGACUUGUCUAGUUUGCAAUUGCCGGAAAUUGACGUGGCUGAUUUGGUUGGUCAAGGACAGGAUAUUGGUUCAUGGUUAAGUAUUGAUGAUGAGGUACUACAAGACCAUGAUUUCGUGGGCCUUGAAAUCCCCAUGGACGACCUCUCGGAUGUUUUAAGAUGAUUGUAUAAAUAUAAAGCUGGCGUUUAUGUAUACUCGCAUGCUGCACAGGGUUAUAGGAUACAGGCACAAGUCGUGUGGUGGAAAGCUAAUCCGGUGACUUAACUUCGUGGAAUGCAUCCCUUAAAAGUAGGAUUUAGAUUCUUUCUAGGGCUUCAAGAAGAUCAUGGGGAGCAAAUUUUUUGCUCAAUUAAUAAUUUGCUCCCCCUGUACCAUUUGCUCGUCUUGUCUUUGUACAUAUAUGUUGUUUUGCUAGUUUACUAGCUAUCAUAGUUAGCUGAGUCGGGGGCUGCAGUUAUUAUAUGUCAAUUUGUAUAUAGAUUUAUAUAUUAAAUAAAAGCGGAUGUUUCGUUAUCGCAUUA